GAAAACUGAGUGAGUUAUUCAGUGAUGGCGGGCAAAGAAGAGAAUCGAAUAUUCGUCGGAGGAUUGUCAUGGGACGUAACGGAGCGUCAGCUCGAGCAUGCCUUUGGCCGUUACGGCAAAAUUCUCGAAUGCCAGAAAUUUGGAAUUCUUUUUUGGUGAGAGAUUUGUGCUGGAAGAGAUAUCAAUACUCACUGUAAAACUGGAUUUGUGGCAGAAUGAUCUGGUGAUUGCUGAGGAGAUAAUAGCACCUUGAUUUUCAUGAUAUACUGUUCGUUUGUGGCUGCUUGUUGUAUUGUUAGUUCUUCUAGUUCUGAGUGAGAAAUAAUAGUGUUAAUAUAAUACAGCAAUUUUAUCAAGUAACUCCGAUGCUAUAUUCAGAGGUGGGGAAUUAGAUUGUUUAAAUGUCUGUCGAUGAAGUCAUGACCAGUAUGGAAUAUGCUGAAAUUCUAGCUCACAUUGUGGAAGUAGUUGUUGUAAGAGAUAUUUGUGGUAAUAAAAUGGGCUUGGGAUCUCUCUGAAUUGCUUAGCUCUAUUGAAAAACAUUCUGAUGCUUUAACAAUUUGACAGAGAAAAUUAUGAUGGAAAGAGAUACAGGCCGUCCACGUGGAUUUGGGUUCAUUACAUUUGGAGACCGUAGGGGAAUGGAGGAUGCAAUCAAGGAAAUGCACGGACGAGAAAUUGGUGACCGCAUCAUCUCAGUAAACAAGGCCCAGCCCAAGAUGGGAGGUGAUGACGUAGACCAAGGUUACAGAAGCGGCUACUCAUCAGGAGGUAGAGGAAGCUAUGGAGUUGGGGACAGGGUUGGACAAGAUGAUUGCUUCAAAUGUGGGCAUCCAGGGCACUGGGCCCGAGAUUGUCCUUUGGCAGGAGGUGGCCGCGGCCGGGGUGGUAGUUCAUUUUCCUCACGCCCUAGGUUUGGAGGUGCUGGUGGGGAUCGCCUUAGUGGUGAACGUGAUCGAUACCUUGAUGAUCGCUAUGAUGGUGGACGUUAUGGGGAUAGGGAUCGCUUUGAUUCCCGAGAUUACAAAUAUGGAAGUCGUGAUCGUUAUACUAGUGACAGGUAUCCAACUAGUGGAGAUCGAUUUGCAAGUGAUCGAUAUGGAGGAAGCUCAGAUUACGCGCAAAAUGGUUAUGGCAAAGAAAGAGGUUAUGACCGGUAUGGUGGUCCACGAGGUGUUGGUGACAGGUAUGGAAGUGGAAUAGCAGCUCGUGACGAAGGAAGGAAUUAUAGGGGCAGGCCUGGUCCGUAUGAUCGACCAAGCAGGGGUGCUCGUCCGUCGUCAUUUGACCGCUACUGAUCGCGCCCUUUGGGGUUCUUGUGAGAAACGCAAAUGCUGGAGCAUGAUUAGGGAAUUAGUUGUCGUUGUUAGAUGACAUUGAAGUUUCAAGGAAGGCCUAGAUUUUAGCUUAAUCAAUCAAUAGAUUAUGAUGGUAUGUGAUAGUUUGUUUAUUCAUUAAGAACCUGCAGAUCCCUAUUUAGAUAUUCCCCUCAUGUGCCUGACUCUAUUCGGUUUCUUUUCAAAUGCAACCAAGCAUGAACGGUGGUUUUACGUCUUUCCAAAUU